AUGGGCUGCCAGCUUUCUUGGGAGAAUGCUGUGGGAGAUGGUGCCAAAGGCUUUAAUAAAGUCCAGGGACAGCCUGCUGCUGCACCCGUAAGACUUGAAGAACGUCCAGCCUUCCUCGACCCCCUUGCUCUUCAGGACCGACCCCCAAGGGACUCUCUUAGCCAGUCUGCUAAACAGCCCAAAGUCAGCCCUCUGGAAGUCCAUGUUUGUGGUUUGGCUGACUCUCCUCCUAACUUGACCAAGAACAGAGACUUCUGUCGUUUCAAGGUUGCUAAGCCCAAGUCGGCCUCCAGCCACCAUGUUUCCCGCCAGCCCUUCUCUGUUCGUAAACAGGAGAAAGAGCAAAGGUUGAGUUCAACUCAGUCUCCUGGUCGCAGAACACCCUGUGAAGAUGGACGAGGUCGCAGAUCUAAUACAAUUCUGGUGCCAGACUGUGUUCUCCAGCCGUUAGAGAGAGACUGUGAAGACACAUGCACCCGCAACCACUUAAGGCCUGCUUACAGCAGCACAGAAAAAUCUGGCUCAGAGUCUCCUGCCACAGAUUGGUCAGAGAAACAGCUUUCUGCCACCAGCAAGGACGUGAUUUCACCACGAGUUAAUACCAUCAGGAAAUUGAAGGUGGACGCGUCACAGUACCUCAGCGAACUGCGGAACAGAAUCUGCAGGGGUAAUCGGCAACUUGUUUCAGUUGACCCAAUUGUCCUUUCCAGUGAUGAUGAAGGUGAACCUUCUGAACCAAAAUGCACAGAGCUGCUGCAGGAUAGUGUCACUGAUGAUAAAGAAACAGACCAACAGUCUGACUUCUGUAUCUCAGCAAAGCAAUUAGAAGACAAGAUGGAAAGUCACACAGAGGAGUGUUUAACGGAGUCCAUUGAAGAUAAGUGUCCUAUCAGCUUACCUUCUGUAAGCACACCCAGAAAACAGAUGAACCCAGCAUUGGAUGUUGAAUUUGAUAGUCUAUACAUUGGGAAAUUUAAAUGGUUAUCAACAGGUCCUGCUAGGUUUGGAACCAAGUAUAUUACGAUCCCAUUUCAGGUGGCUCUUAAUAAGAAUAUUAAGCUGCCAGUGGAUACUCUGGAUCUGAGAAGGUUUGGCUUGUGGAGAAGUGAUGAAGGCUGUUCUUCAGCAAUGAUCAUUUUCCUCUGGUUGUCUGUGGAUUAUGUAGAAAAGAUUGAAACCCAGUUAGGAAAGUUAGUUAUCAGCAGACCAUCCAAAUCUAGUGAAUUUUUAUUUCUUGAGUUGUCCCAACCACUCACAGAAUGGGAAGAAGACAGGCUGACUGAAUUGAUUGCAGUUGUGAGCAAGAAGAACAGAGCACCAGAUCUCUCUGAGGUUUUGUCAUUGAAGCAAGCAUUACCUUUGUUUAAGGACCUUUCUCCUGAAGAGACCUCUUUUAUGAGUUAUAGUAAGGAUCUACUAAAGCAAUGUAUGCCAAAAGAGAAUACCUCAGAUGCUCAUGAGCCUGCAGUUCAGGAAUCAAAACCAAAAGUGGCCAGGCCCAAUUAUGCACUUGCAAAUAAGCAGGAUAGUGGUUGCUAUUCUGCCUCUCUGUCCUCUGAACUGAAUGAAGGAUGGGAAGAAGUAAAAGAAACCGGAACAGUUAAGAAUUUAAUUGUUUAUCCACCCCCACCUGCAAAAGGAGGACUGGGAGUCACAAGAGAAGACCUAGAGUGCUUAGAAUAUGGAGAGUUUCUCAAUGAUGUCAUCAUUGAUUUCUAUCUUAAAUACCUGUUGCUGGAGAAGGCGCCAAAACAUCUUGCUGACCGUACACACAUUUUUAGCAGUUUCUUCUAUAAGUGCCUGACCAGGACAGAAAAAAACUCUGAGGGGGAUCUCAAAGUUUCGUAA